GCACCAUGCAAGUAUAAAACAUACGAUAGAGCACUAACAGAGUCAUUCAGUUACCGACAACCAUGAAGUUCCUCAUAGUAUCUUGUCUGAUCGCCGCAGUGUCUGCUGAACUGCCUCGCUUUAAGCCAGCGAGGUUUCGUUUCCAGCGGCAAGAGUUAGCGCCCACAACUGAAUCACCUGCUGAACCGACAACUGCAUCUGGACCGUACCCAGCUUCAGGAUGGAAGCCGUCUGGUCAGCCUUUCACGCUACCUACGGAGACUGAAGCCCCGACAGCGACUUAUGGCCCUCCAGACAGUGGGCCUUAUCCUCCAUCUGGUUGGAAACCCGCCGAACCUUUCACAUUACCCAACGAGCAAACUCCCGACAAUACUUAUGGAGCUCCUACCACAGUCGCGCCGACAACAGAUAAUCCUCAAGCUGAAAGACUAGAAGGUCCAAUAGAAGUGCAAAAAGCUGUUGGAACUUACUACGUGCUGUUGCCAAACGGCCAGUUGCAAAGGGUGGAGUUUGUGACGGAAAACGAUGUUCAGAACAUGAGGUAUACAGCUCGCUUGCAGCUGAAGAACCCUGCUCCACUCUUCAUUGUUAGAUCUUAGACCGGGGAAUCACUUUAGGUACAUUUAUUAUAAUACACGUGAAUUUGGACUAAUAAUAAACCUGUGUUUUAAAAUUAUGUUAUUUAACUAUUACGUUCUCAGAAAUAUCCCAAAUAUAAAAAUGAAACCAAACCAAACAUUUUUUUAAAGUUUGAAUAGAAGUGUAAUGGUGUGUCGUGUCACCGUUUAUUUCGUCCUAGGUUUCCGCAUGCAAACUUUUUGUCUU